AUGGGUUGCCUGCGAAUAUUAUGCGUCCUAACUGUUCUAUCCCAGAUUUUUUGGGAAAUUGGCGCACAGACAAGUGGCAUGAACAAGGCUUUGGAAGAUACGCUGUUCAAAACUUACAACCGCAAGCACCGACCUGUGAAGAAAGAGUCUACGACCGUCGGCGUGCAAGUCUAUCUGUCAGUGACGCACGUCGAGAAUGUGAAUGAAAACGAGCAGACUAUGCUGGUCCAUGGGAAUCUCUGGACGACGUGGAGCGAUGAAUAUCUCACCUGGGAACCGAAAGAUUGGAACGGUACAACAAGGCUCAGUGUCGAUGCGUACAAGAUCUGGCAGCCAGCCCUCUCAUUGUAUAACAGUGCUAAGGCAAAUCAAUGGUAUCUCUACAUGCAUGGAAUGCCGGCUAUGGUCAGCUCGUCAGGAAAGAUAUGGGCAACAGCCGCCUAUUCCUUCCAAGUUACAUGUCUUUUCAACUUCCGCGACUGGCCUUUUGACGAACAGGAAUGCCCUAUUGUGAUCGCAGACUGGGUCUAUGAUUUGGCGAAGGUUAACCUAUCGGAUCCCUCGGGCGAUAAACCCUGGAACAAGCCGGCCAUCCGCCUCAAUUUUGAUCCCGUGAAGAAAAUGGAGAAGAAACAUGUAGGCGGCUGGGAAGUCUAUGAUUCAUGGCGUCGACAUUGCUACUGGGGUCCUGGUGGCUGCACCCAAGAAGUUCCCAGCACAAAUCCCGAAUGGUAUUGGUCGCUGCUCGAAUUCGGUGUGAAGCUGCGUCGCCAUUCCCCCUACUUCGUGCUCACCGUCCUCUUCCCCACGAUAAUCUCCUGCCUGAUCACACUGGCGUCAUUCUGGAUUGAGACGCCGGCGAUGGCCAUUGGGCUUAUCGUUUUUAACAUGACAUUACAAGGACUGUUCGGCUGGGAUCUGAUUCGUGAUCUGCCACCCGGCUCUGGUGGGGUCCCGAAAAUUGUGGUUUUGUAUGCGCUUAACUUGGCGCUGACGGGUGGAGCCCUCAUUGCACAUGCCGGUUCUUUGUGGCUGCUCUCAAUUUUGCCACAUUUAUACACCAUCCCAAUGCCGAAGUUAACAGAAACAUUCGCCAAGCUUUCGAAGAAGUCGCUGUUCAGGCAGAAAGGUCUCAGCUUUGAUCCGCAAAUGAUAUUAAAUAGUGAGCAAGAGGACACAACCACAUACGACCAGCCACUCCCAAAAGUCGCUUCCGGGAUCUCGAUCGGCUCGGGGUUGAGUGACGAGGAACCAGCUACUCCUCGAGGGGAAUCGUCGGAUCAAUUACUGGAUUUGGGCAGCACCGGACCGUCAACAACGGACGAUCAUGAACUAUCACUUGAGGUUGAGGGCGCAGAAACCUCUCCCGGUCCAUCCGUCGCAAAAUCAACUUCCUCACCCCUACUCGAGCAACUCUUCCUCGUCAGACGAGUCAUCUUCUGUGUCUUCACCCUUAUUUACAUUAUCGCGCUUCCAAUUUGUACAAUUCCUUGGUUC